AUGAAUGUAAAUCCACAUUUACAAUUUCUUCAGCAACAACAGCAACAACUGCAACAACAACAAGGUUCAUCACCUCAAAUCACACAAUUACAAUUACAACAUCAAUUACAAAGACAACAAAUACUAAGUCAACAAUUACAACAACAACAACAACAACAACAACAACAACAAGUGGGGACUCCAUUAUCACAAAACCAACAUAUAACGAACCCUUUAUUGGCUGCUCUAAAUGGUAACAAUUCACAAUCUAAUAAUACUGGAUUAAGUUCAAAUCCUGUUUUACAACAGUUACAAUUACAACAAUUACAACAGCAACAACAACAAGCUCAACAGCAACAACAGCAACAACAAGUAUCACAACAACAAUCACAACAACAUCAACCAAGAUCAGCACCAAUAAUAAAAGAAGUAUGGGCAUCAAACUUAGAAAAUGAAUUUCAUAAUUUGAGAAACUUUAUAAAUGAUAAAAAUUCCACAAUAUAUGCAGCAAUUCAUCAAGAAACUCCAGGAAUAGUAGCCAGAGCAAUAGGUUCAUUCAAAACCAAUACAGAUUAUCAUUUUCAAACUAUAAGAUGUAAUUCAGAUUUAUUAAAUUUAAUUCAAUUUAGUAUAUGUUUUACCAAGAUAAAAGAUUCAACUGUUAGUCAAUCUAUAAUAUGGCAAUUUAAUUUUAAUUAUGACUUAACUAAGGAAAUGUAUAAUGAAGAACAUUUAGCUAUGUUAUCUCAACAAUCAAUAAAUUUUUCAUUACAUAUGACUCAAGGUAUAAAACAUUUUGAAUUUUCUGAAUUAAUUUUAGAUAGUGGAUUAUUAUUAGAUACUUCAAUAAAUUGGAUUUCUUUUCAUUCAGGUUAUGAUUUAGGUUAUUUAAUUAGUCUUUUGAUGAAUGAUAGUUUACCAGUUGAUGAACCUGAUUUUUAUAGUUGGUGUAAUUUAUUUUUCCCAAAUUUUUAUGAUUUAAAAUAUAUUGGUAAUCAAAUAUUAAAUGAAGAUUCAUCAAAAUUAAAUAAUAAUAAACCAUCAAUUGAAUAUUUAGCUGAAGAAUUACAUUUAUUACCUAUUUCCCCCACGAUUCGUCAAUUAUUUGGUGCUACUCAACUGCAACAACAAUUAACUUCUACUUUACAUGCUUAUUUAUCAAUGGAAUGUUUCAAAGAAUUAUUAAGAAGAUUAAAUUAUGAUUUAAAAAAUUUGACAAAGUAUAAGGGGUAUAUAUGGGGAUUAGGAUCUUUUAAUAAUAAUGAAACCGAGGAAAUAACUAACAAUAGUAAUAACGGUAUGGUUUCAGGUCUUGGCCCUGGACCUGGUCCUGCUACUCCUAGUUCAACUAAAUCUGGAUUAGUACAUUUUGGAAGAAUAUAG